CUUCCAAAUUUUUCAUUUUUUAAUAAAAAAAACCUUCUCAGACUUAUGCUUUUCCGAAAUUCCAUGCCAGCUAACACUCUUUAAGGACAUUGUGACAUUUUGAAAGGACCAUAUUUCUUUUCUCUUGACCAUCCUUGAAUGGGGACAGAUAUCCCAAGAGAUUGCUGACCACGAAGGUGUGCUUCCUCCCACUGCCUGUCCUGACAGGUAACCCCUCAAAGGGAUGUGAUUGCAAGGCCAUAGAUUAACAGGAGAUGCCUCAUAGAUGCUUACCAAGUAGAGAAUCUUAGAUUUCUUGCACAAGCUAGAGUCAGAUCAAUUUUUUAGUUCUUGCUCAGUCACUGUAGGGCAUGAAACACCCUGCUUCACCAGAACACCAGAGGGAGAACAGGGCUCUUGACUGAAUUUAAGCAAAAUAAUCCCCAGAAGCCCUGGGACCCCCCUUAGGUUACAAUCAGUCAUAAUAACCUGUCUUCAGUGUUCCACAGCAGGAUGCAUGGCAGGUUCCUGAGGCGGCUGGUGGCUGAGGAGAGCUGGCACUCCACCCCAGUGGGGCGCCUCCUUCUUCCCAUGCUCCUGGGGUUCCGCCUUGUGCUGCUGGCUGCCAGUGGGACCGGGGUCUAUGGCGAUGAGCAGAGCGAAUUCGUGUGUCACACCCAGCAGCCAGGCUGCAAGGCUGCCUGCUACGAUGCCUUCCACCCCCUCUCCCCACUGCGCUUCUGGGCCUUCCAGGUCAUCUUGGUGGCUGUGCCCAGUGCCCUCUACAUGGGUUUCACCGUGUAUCAUGGCAUCUGGCAUUGGGAAGACUCGGGAAAGGUGAAGAAGGAAGAGGAGACCCUGACCCAACAAGGACAGGACAGCACAGAUGCCUCAGGGGCUGAAAGGCCCAGGCUGCUCUGGGCCUAUGUGGCACAGCUGGGGGUGCGACUGGUCCUUGAGGGGGCAGCCUUGGGGGGGCAGUACCAUCUGUAUGGGUUCAAGAUGCCCAGCUCCUUCGCAUGUCGUCGAGAGCCUUGCCUUGGCAGUAUAACCUGUAAUCUGUCCCGCCCCACUGAGAAGACCAUUUUCCUAAAGACCAUGUUUGGGGUCAGUGGGCUCUGUCUCUUCUUUACUCUUUUGGAGCUUGUGCUUUUGGGCCUGGGGAGAUGGUGUGAGCCCCUGGGGACUUUUUCUUCUUCCUGACACACACCUGCCCUGGACAGCACAAGGAUGCUCCAGUGAUACUCUGUCUCAUCUGCUUGACCAGCCUUAUUCUUUCCAAAACACCAUGUGCCCCCACAGUCCAGUUAAUAGUGGUGACAUCUGAUGACCUGGCCCAGCAGUGAAUAUAGCCAAGUAUAUGGACCCCUCCACUACAUGACCAAACCAAUUAUCUUCCUAAAAAUCCAGACUUGGGAUCAAUAGUGCCUGCAGUCUGUGCCAGGGGCAUGAACAGAAAAAGGAGGAAAUCUGGGUGUGCUUGGUGUACGUUAGCCUGAUGUACAAGUGGAGGGAAUGGCUUUUGAGCCUACAAGGAGAAAAUGGAAUCAGUAAGAAAUGAGAGAUAGAUCACACAGACCCAGACAGAGAUGAGAGACAGCGGGCAGGGAGAGUGGUGAGGGUGUUGUCUGAGUUGCUGAUGGCUUUCCAGUUUCUGUUCUACUUCUUUGAACAGGACUGGAACUGGGCCUGGGGAGCCAGGCUGACAGUGUCCCUGCCCCAAUCCACUGUUUCCCAAUCUAGGGGUAUGGGACAUUUGGAUGAGAACACUGGGAUUGACAGAACCCCACUAGAAUGUGGCUAAACAUCAGCUUAACUGGAAAAUAAAGAUUCCGGGAAAAUCUGGCCUGUGUCCAGGGGGCUGCUGCACAGGAAAUCGGGUGGA